GCUCCUGUCCCCGGGCCCCCAGCCCACCUCUCUCCAGCUGCCUACCACCUCCACCUGGAUGCCAUGCAACUGCCACCCUUUGACAUGUGGAAGGACUAUUUCAACCUGAGCCAGGUGGUGUUGGCACUGAUCCAGAGUCGGGGGCAAGGGCCGGAGGCCCAAAGGACCGGGGAGCCGAGACCUGGGCCCCAGCUGGAGCAGCAUCAGGGGCAGGGAGGGCAGGGGGCCAGCGGGGUCCCGGCCACCCUGUGCAACUUUUGCAAACACAAUGGAGAGUCUCGCCACGUGUACUCCUCGCACCAGCUGAAGACACCAGAGGGCGUGGUGGUGUGUCCCAUCCUGCGGCACUACGUGUGUCCCCUGUGCGGGGCCACGGGGGACCAGGCCCACACACUCAAGUAUUGUCCGCUAAACGGAGGCCAGCAGUCUCUCUACCGCCGCAGUGGGCGCAAUUCGGCCGGCCGCAAGGUCAAGCGCUGAGGACCAUCAGGUGCCCACCCCCUGCACCCCCCCCAGCCCUCCUGGUUCCAUCCUCC